ACCUUCCUUUACCAAGAUGGCGACUUCCAUAGCGCCCUUGGUAUCUCUACAGUGUUUGCGGAGGGUUUACCGGUGCUGUCGAAGUUGGGGGUGGCAUAACAGCGCUCGGUGGGGAGCAUUGGGUGGAUUGAAGGCACCUCGCUUGUGGAGUCCCGGGGCAGCUUACAUUAGCCAGAUAGCGGAGUCUGCAGUUGCCACCUGUGAAACUGACAGAGACGCUAAAGCCUUGGAAGAGUGCUCAGGACCUCUAGAACACUACGAUCUGCUUGUAAAAGCAGCGAUACUAAGGAAGGAUGCGCACCAGCGGAACGUCAUGCAGAAUUUACAGAAUCUUCAUGAUGUCCUCAAGGGCUACAGAAAGAUUCCAAAGGCUUUCUUAGGCAAAUUUUACUCAAAAAGAAAACCUCCCAAAGGGCUCUAUGUCUUUGGAGAUGUUGGUACAGGGAAGACUAUGGUAAUGGACAUGUUUUUUACACACGUUGAAGUAGAACAGAAAAAGAGAGUACAUUUCCAUGGAUUUAUGCUUGAUGUACAUGCAAGAAUACAUCGCCUUAAGAAAACAUUACCAAAGAGGAAAGUGGGAUUCAUGGCUAAAACCUAUGACCCUAUUGCUCCAAUAGCUGAAGAAAUAAGUGAAGAAGCGUGUCUUCUGUGUUUUGAUGAAUUCCAGGUGACUGACAUUGCCGAUGCCAUGAUUCUAAAGCAGUUGUUUGAGAACUUGUUUCAAAAUGGAGUAGUUGUAGUAGCGACCUCAAACCGACCUCCAGAAGAUCUCUAUAAAAAUGGCCUUCAGAGGGUUAACUUCAUACCGUUCAUUUCUGUACUGAAGGAAUACUGCAGUACUGUUCAACUGGACUCUGGAAUUGACUACAGGAAAAGAGUUAUGUCUGCUGCUGGAAAAAUAUACUACCUCACAAGUGAACCUGAUGUGGAGGCUGUCAUGGAUAGACUGUUUGAUGAGCUGGCUCAGAAACAAAAUGAUGUAACAAGACCAAGGAUUUUGAAAGUGCAAGGCAGAGAGUUGAAGCUCAGCAAAGCCUGUGGAUCCAUUGCCGACUGUACAUUUGAGGAACUUUGUGACCGUCCUCUGGGUGCCAGUGACUAUCUAGAAAUGUGCAAGAAUUUUGACACUGUUUUUAUUCGCCAUAUCCCACAUCUGGACUUGACAAAAAGGUCCCAAGCCCGGCGGUUCAUUACCCUUAUUGAUGCGUUUUAUGAUCACAAGGUUCGUGUGAUUUGUUCAGCGGAAGCUCAUUUGCAAAGCUUAUUUACACAAAAGGUGCGCAAUCCUGAAGAAGCCGAACACAGAGUACUCAUGGAUGACCUUCAUUUGGGAGAGGAUUUAUCUGAAGCACUUUCAAUAUUUACAGGAGAAGAGGAAGUAUUUGCAUUUCAGCGCACAUUGUCCAGACUAACAGAAAUGCAGACAGAACAUUACUGGACAGAUGGUGACAGAAGUCAGAAAUAGCUGCCAGUGGCUAACAGGACUGUGACAAUAUUAUAAAAAAGCUAUGCACAAUCAACAGCGUAGGAGAGCAUUCAUUAUCACAAGUAUAUGAUCUCAUUUAUUUCACACCUAUCUGGACCAUUUCCAAAAGUGUACGUGUGUCUUGUAGGGGUGCCAUCUUUCAUACAAAACUAACAAAUACAGCUAUUCUAAAUAUGCAUUAGUGUGAAUAGUUAUGAGGAAGAAACUACAAAAUAAGAGUGCACACACACACACACACACACACACACACACAUAUAUAUAUAUAUACUACAUGUACUUGAAUUUUAAAAGCACAGGCUGGGUGGAACCCUGUCUUGUUUCUUUUUUGUGUGUCUGUAACCAAGACUAUUGUCACAGUCAUGGAGCUAUAAGUUAACAAUUCUAUUUAAUUUGGUAAGUGCAAUAAUGUCUUUAAAUUGUUCUAUUUUAAAUCACUCCAGGUUUGGAGAGCGCACAAGGUAUAAAGAGCAAGGUUUAAUAUACCCGACCAUAUAACUUAACAUCAAAUGACUGGAAUUGUUGCUCUUUUUAUAAACAAACAAGAUCCACCAAUAUUGCUGAUGAAUAGGAAGAAAUUAAUUUUACAGUUUGUUCGGGAUAGCAGCAAUACAUAUGAAUGUUUUGAUGUCAGAUCAACUUUAAAUGAUCAGGAACGCAAAAUCAAUAUCAGAAACUGGAUGUUUAAUGCCAAACUAAAUAGUAAUUUGGUCUAAGUAUCACAAGCAAACAGCUGUAAAGUCUACUGUGCCAAAAGCAACAUAGUUGUGUUGUAUUUACAGUCAGAUGCAUAAUCCUAAAACUUUAUUUGUGCUGAAAGGAUUUAGAAUUACAUUUACUGUUAAUUCUGUGGGAUAUCUGUCAGAUUUUAAUUCCCUUUAUAUUGUAACACAUUAUUAAAGGGCCAUUCUAUAACAAAGAUUACAGGCUCAAAUUCAUUAUAGCAUGCAAUGUUUGGAUUCAUAACCUUUCUAACUAUGUAUUAACCCUGACAACAGGCUUAAACACAAAAGUUUAGCUUGGGAGUCACAACCCAUUGUAGCUUCUGAGCAGGACAAGGCCAGAGACUGGCAGCUACAUGCAUGUGCAGUUUAUAAUUGACUCACUGACUGUGUCAUGCUCAGUGUGUUCUAUAGCUUUGUGAUGAACAGUUGGGUAGGGGUAUUGGCAUAGUUAAAGAGGGACACUAAUGCAAAACUUGCCUGCCCCAAUGAAUGAGGUCCCUUUCAUAGCUCUGAUUUAGCAUAGGAUUCAUUAAAGGCAAACACCACUGAAUUCAGUCAGUUCAUAUACAUAUUUCUACAUCAUGUCUAUGCUUAUGCCAGUUUUUGUGAAUCGUCGUCUGACUCUUCCUACGGAGCACCUAGGUUUAAGUCUGCACACACAAAUUCCCUUGCUCAAAAAAAUGUGUAUUUAACAUUGUAAAAAUGGCACGAUUUUCUUUAGAAUUCUUUACAAACUUAAAAUUAACAAAACAUGUGAGGUAAAUGUAAUGUAAUCGAAUAAAAACUGCAUAUUAACAGUUGUAUAAAGUGUCAAAGUAUGUGCCAAUUGUAAGCUAUAGCUGCCUCCGCAAGCGCUGCAAAUGGAAAGUUCUCAGGAAACAAUAUAGUGCUACGCAAUCUAUUGUUUAUUUUUUAUAGAAUACGUAAUUCAACAUAAUAGUCUUUUGCGUGUUUACAUGUGGCCAGAAUUACAUCUUAAAUUGGUUUGAAUUGUUCAUUUUUAGAUGUCAAAUUAUAAAUGCCAAUAGAUUUUAUAUUUUCAGUUCACUCCAGUACAUAUGACAUCACCAGCAGCAUGGCGCAUGCAUCCCGUCCAUAGCUAUAUCUGCAACAUAUAUGUUAAAGUAUAUCACUGCAGACGAACAUCAAGAUCUGGCAACACUGCCUAAGUGUCACACAGAUUUUUAAUACAUUAUUUAUUAAAUGUAUAUUAGAAUCAUGACGAGAUUUAAGUGUUUUGCACUUGCUUGUUAAAAGAGAAGUCAUAAUUCCAGUAAUAUUUAAUGCCAACUGUGCUUGCAAACCACUAAAUGAUAGAAAAGGGACAUUUUUAAAUUGUUGAAAGAGGCUUUCUGUGUUUUGAGGCUUUAUUGUGCAGAAUAGUGUUGGUGCCAUGUAUAUGUAUGUUAUGUAUUUGCAUCAUGUUGCAGUCUGAGCAAAAUGUAAUUUUAUUUUACUUCUGCUAUAUCCACUUGUCAGUAAAUAUUGUAUUAAAUAUGGUUAGUAUAUUCAUUUGUAGUAUUUGGGUACUUAUUAUAAUUUGUAUAGAGAUCACCAUUUAUUCGUUUUUUUUAAAAAAGGCAGCAUGUUACAUUUUAUAAAGGGAAAUUACCAUAUAGGGGGCAGCAAAAAGGGUAUAAAUAAGAUAUGAAUUGUAUUAGAGCGUUGUAAGAACAUUUGCAGAUACACAUAUUUGGGCCUUUAUAUAUUAAUACAUCUGUUUCUGAAAUCUACUUGAAAUUUUUCGGGAUGCCUGAACCUUGUAUAUCCAUAAUAUAUGGAUAUGCAAGGUUAUGGAUAUCCAUAAAUGCAUAACCUGAGCAGUUCAUUUAAAGGGAUAGGCCGUGAUCUUUUAUAGUCACAAAUGUUUUUUUAUUAGAUUGAAGCAUAGAAUAGGAUUAGGUGAUGUGCUAUAGUUAUCUAUAUGUGCAAUGCUUUGUGUUGUUAAAGGUGAUUCACAUAGAAAUGUGAAUUAAAGAUAAGAGUCCAAAGAAUUUUCAAUAGUGUACUGGUUGGAAGCCAGAUAUUGUAUUUGUGCAAUGUUGAUAAUAAAAUAGAAAUUAAUUAAUGCGUUUUAAAGCUCAGAAUUAUGAAAAUUGAUCUCUUUUUUUUUUUAAGACCUGUAACAAGCAUUUAAACAAUAUCAAACUAACCUCCAUCAGCAAAUAAAUAAACAAAUGAAAACACUCCUAA